AUGGAUGAAUCUAAACCAAUAUUGCCAAACUGGCCUUUCAAAGGUUCACCCAUAUCAUCAACAUCGUCUUCGUGUUCAUCUACCUCAACUAAGCCAGUUUUACCAACUGAGCAAACUAAACUGCCCGUCAAACAGCGUGUUGUUUUUCCUAGUGAUCGUACUAAUACAUCUUUUGGUACUUACAGUGACAAUAUAAACAACAACAAAAGCAACAAAUUUUUCUCUAAUAACUACAAUAAGAACAAAAAUAAUGAUGUUAAAGUUAAAAAACAUGAUCCUGAUAUCGAUGAUAAGCAAGAGUUAAGAGAUGGCUGGGAAUUUGACAGUCAACAUUAUCGUAAUCCAAGUCCACCGAUUGCUGAAAGAAUCAGCAAACCCGAAAAUUUCCAGAAGAGACGACAAGACUAUUCUAACCGUUACAAUGAUAGACGGAAUUAUUCCAAUAAUAAUCACCGGGGUAAUGGUUUCAAUAACUACGCUAAUAGAUCAAAUCAUAAGUCUAACGGCGAUUAUAUACCGGAUAAGAGACGAAGAAAUGACUCUUUUGAAACUAAUGAUACCUUUGACAUAGACUGGUCUGAUUGUAAUUCUACAACAACAAAUAGGACAUUCAACAAAGCAACGGCAGCUACACAGACAUCUCCUAAAGUUCAACAUCAAGCGACACAAUCUAGCCAAGAUUGUUACACAGCAAAUCUUGGACCAAAGAAAACAACCAAGGAUGCAAUACUAAUUGAUAGCUGGGUUAGAUCCCUGCUCGGUAAUAACAUAUCAUAUAAUCAAGAUAAUGGUCAAUCAAAUAAAAAUAUUUUCAGUGCUGAUGCUGGUGUCAGAGGUGAUUCAAAUAUUAAAAAUGGCAAUUCAAGUCGUGCUAACAUUGAUCCUGCAACAGAAGAUUAUUGGGCUGCUGAAUUGAAAGAUAAGGCCCAAGUCAGUUCUCCAAAAAUGGACAAACCUUCAGUUUUUACUAGAUUAGGAAAACCUACAGUUUGUGAAUCAGACAACUUCACAUCACCAGAAACACAUUUCCAGACGGUAAAACAGCUUUACCCUGAAAAAAAUCAGGCUGCUGUUAUCAAACCAUUAUUUAAUGAUCCUCGCGUGAAUCACAAUUCAAUGAAAACGCAGCUACCACAAGAGAUUCCGCCAUCUCAUCAGCUUAAACAACCUCAAAAGUCUAUGCCACCGCCAGUUAUCUCCUCGCAAUCGCAAAAGACAGCUGAGAUUAAUAUAAGAGACCCGAGAAUCAGAAAAAGACUCUGGGAUGCAGUAACCAAUGAGUCUUCGCUGCCUAAACGUCAAAACAUUGAGACUCCAUCGGACUCCAUUCCAUUAAUUCCAUUGAUUCCUUUGGAACUUGUGGAAGAAGUUCAUUCUUCGUGCCAAAAAACCAGUGACAAAAAACCAUUAGUCAUAGAUUUAUCAUAA